CUCGCCAGAGCCCCGGCUGGACAGGCAGCGGCUCACAUCGCAGAGCGCAGCGCCAGCGCCGGGCCGCAAGUGCGCAGCGCAGGGGGCACAGCCCGAGGCGGACACAGCGAGCCACUCGGCACUCCGCAGUCGGGCCGGCUCCUCCAGCUCCGUCACGGCUCGGCUGCAGGCCACCCAGGAUUGUUUGCUUCUGGCUCCAGGCGCCGAGAAGGCGCCCUGGGUGCCCGUGGCCGCUGCGCCAGCUCCUCCUCCGGCUGCUCCAGCUCCCCGGGCGAGCGCGCAGCCCGGAGCCCGCCCCGCGCCUCCCGGAGCCCUCCCCCCGCUGCUCCCAUGCGCGCGGGUGGGUCAUGAGCACAGCGCCCUCGCUUUCUGCCCUAAGAAGCAGUAAGCACAGCGGCGGCGGCGGCGGCGGCGGCAGUGCAGACCCUGCCUGGACCAGCGCGCUCUCUGGAAAUAGCUCCGGACGCGGCCCCGGCUCGUCCCCGGCCGGCAGCACCAAGCCUUUUGUGCACUCCGUGCCCCCCUCUGAUCCUCUCCGCCAGGCUAACCGCCUGCCCAUCAAGGUGCUGAAGAUGCUGACCGCACGGACUGGCCACAUUUUGCACCCUGAGUAUCUUCAGCCCCUACCUUCCACUCCCGUCAGCCCCAUCGAGCUUGAUGCCAAGAAGAGUCCGCUGGCGCUGUUGGCGCAAACAUGCUCGCAGAUCGGGAAGCCGGACCCCUCGCCCUCCUCCAAACUCUCUUCGGUCGCCUCCAAUGGGGGCGGCGCUGGCGGCGGCACUGGCGCCGGGGGUGACAAGGACGCAAAGUCGGGCCCCCUCAAGUUGAGUGACAUCGGCGUAGAGGACAAGUCGAGUUUCAAGCCGUACUCCAAACCCGGCUCGGAUAAGAAGGAGCCAGGAGGAGGCGGCGGCGGCGGGGGUGGCGGCGGCGGCGGCGGGGGGGUUUCGGCAGAGAAGUCCGGAUUUCGGGUACCGAGCGCCACCUGCCAGCCAUUCACGCCCAGGACAGGCAGCCCAAGUUCCAGCGCCUCGGCCUGUUCUCCAGGUGGCAUGCUGCCUUCCGCCGGGGGCGGCCCCGAGAGCAAGGAUGACAAGAAAGACCCCGACGCCAGCGGCGGCGGUGGCGGCAGCAAGGGCUCCGGGGGUGCCUCGGCCGAAGGGGGACCUACGGGGCUGGCGCACGGCCGGAUUAGCUGCGGUGGAGGAAUUAAUGUGGACGUGAACCAGCACCCAGAUGGGGGCCCUGGGGGCAAGGCUCUAGGCGCUGACUGCGGCGGCUCAUCCGGCUCCAGCUCCGGCUCGGCCCCCAGCGCGCCCACCUCCUCCUCGGUGCUGGGCUCUGGGCUGGUGGCGCCCGUAUCUCCCUACAAGCCGGGCCAGACAGUGUUCCCUCUGCCUCCCGCAGGCAUGACCUACCCAGGCAGCUUGGCUGGGGCCUACGCCGGCUACCCGCCCCAAUUCCUGCCACACGGCGUGGCGCUCGAUCCCACCAAGCCGGGCAGCCUGGUUGGGGCGCAGCUGGCAGCAGCCGCAGCGGGCUCUCUGGGCUGCAGUAAGCCGGCCGGCUCGAGCCCCUUGGCCGGGGCUUCGCCGCCCUCCGUGAUGACAGCCAGUUUGUGCCGGGACCCGUACUGCCUCAGCUACCACUGCGCCAGCCAUUUGGCAGGGGCUGCGGCAGCCAGUGCAUCGUGCGCUCACGAUCCAGCCGCGGCGGCAGCGGCGCUCAAGUCCGGAUACCCGCUGGUGUACCCCACGCACCCGCUGCACGGCGUGCACUCUUCGCUAACCGCUGCCGCAGCUGCCGGCGCCACACCGCCUUCCCUGGCCGGCCACCCCCUCUACCCCUAUGGCUUCAUGCUCCCUAACGACCCGCUCCCCCACAUCUGCAACUGGGUGUCGGCGAACGGGCCCUGCGACAAGCGCUUCGCCACGUCUGAAGAGCUCCUGAGCCACUUGCGGACCCAUACGGCCUUUCCCGGGACAGACAAACUGCUGUCGGGCUACCCCAGCUCAUCGUCUCUAGCCAGUGCCGCAGCGGCCGCCAUGGCUUGCCACAUGCACAUCCCCACGUCGGGCGCUCCGGGCAGCCCCGGGACGCUAGCGCUGCGCAGCCCCCAUCACGCGCUGGGACUCAGCAGCCGCUACCACCCCUACUCCAAGAGUCCGCUCCCCACGCCCGGCGCUCCGGUGCCCGUGCCCGCCGCCACCGGACCCUACUACUCCCCCUACGCCCUCUACGGACAGAGACUGACCACGGCCUCAGCGCUGGGGUAUCAGUGAGGGCAGUGGGGAGGGCUAGCGAGGGAGAGAAAGGAGCUGGGUGGGAGGGGAGGAGCCGAGCGAGGGGCGGAAACAGCUCGGAGGCGGCUGUCACCCGCGCGUGGGGAAGACCCGGGCCAAGAAACGAGGAAAAUAUAUACCGUAUUUAUCCACCCGUAACAGCGACCGAGACCCGGUGGGAAACUCACCUUCCCCCACUUUCACCUCCCCACCCAAACUUUAUAAAAGUUGAAAAAAAUAUCAUUUGACUUUUUAUAGAAAAAGAAGGAAAAAAUAAUUGAGAAAGUGUUCAUCUGAGAACUGCACCGGUGGACACUAGUAUUUAUUUAUGUUAGCUCCAAGCGGACCCGUGAUUCAAAAGUGCAUUAUUUAGUUUGAGCUCCGUAGCUAAAAAGGAAGGGGGUGGGGGAUGAAAACUUGAGGGUAAAAAUGUGGAAAAAAAAACCCUCCCGUCCCUUGUAGAUUAUAAAUAAAUACAAAGCCGCCACAGAACUAGAGGUCUUCUCUUUAAUGUUACUUUAAAAUUGCUAUUAUUGUAUUGUACGUUCUUAUUUAAUGUCUGAUUGAAACACAAAUUUACAUGCAUGUUUGUUACAAAAAAAUGAAAAAAGUCACAAUUUGUCAGCUCUGAUUUCAAAUUGCAAUUAUUUUUAAGGUGUAUACCAUCGAAAGAGAAUGGGUAUUUUUUUGUAUGUAUUCUGGAAGAAAACAAAAAAAAGGAAAAAAUUCUAUUCCAAAACCUCAUUUGCCUUAUUUUGUUCUUUAAAAGGAACACAACUAUUUUUAAUUUUUAAGUCCACCCGCUGAGAAGGGGACAAGUAAGGUUUACGUCAUGUACUAAAAUAAUAGACAAUGUAUCGCUUUAAAGAUUAAAAUUCCGUAUAUUUGAUGUAUUAAAGGUUUACUUCUUCUUCUUA